AUGGAGCAAAGUUGCAUACAGAAGUGUGUAGGAUUUCUAGAGGCAGAGAGUGCCAGCAGAAAGAGAAAGUACAUUGAUGAAAUCAAGAAGGCCAUAGAAGAGAACAGAAGGUCCAUACCGAUAGAGUAUGCAGACAUCUUUGCGCACGACCAAGACCUAGCAAUCGAAGCCAAGCGGAGCUUCCCGCAGAUUGAAAAGUGCAUCUCCCAGGCGAUAGAAAUAGUCACAGCGAAGUACUGCCCAGAGUUCAAAAAGAAGGGAAUAUUCACAAGAAAGGAAGAGUUUAUCCCGUGCAUAUACGGCCUAGAUGUGAUAUACUCUGUGCGCGAUCUAAAAACGAGUCUUCUCAACCAGCUUAUUUCCUUUUCAGGCAUAGUCACAAGAUCGUCCCAAGCAAAGCCAGAACUCCUUGAGGGAACCUUCGAGUGCACAGAGUGCAAGGCCAUGAUACGAGGAAUAGUCCAGGAGAGAGUGUACAAGCAGCCCAUUGCCUGCAUAAACCCCAUCUGCAUGAACAGGAACAAGUUUAAGCUGGCAGUUGAUGAGUGCAGAUUCAGCGACUACCAGAAGAUAAGAGUGCAAGAGCCCGUGGGAGAGACAGGAGAUGCGCAUGCCAUCCCAAGAACAAUAGAAGUGCUGCUGCGCAAUGAUCUUGUAGAAAUAGCAAAGCCUGGAGACAGCGUUAUCAUCACAGGAUAUCUAAUGGCUGUGCCAUGCAGCAGAGAUGUGCUAGGGCACAGCAAUACGACAAAAGUGGGUCUUUCAAAAGUGCCAGAAGAUGAUGCAGUCAGAGGAAGAAGCGCACAGGGAAGAAGUGUAAAUCACGAGCUGAUUUUUACAGGCAUAUCAGUCUCAAGAAAACAGUACGAUCCGUACACAACUCUACUGGAGAGCACGCAGAGCACAAAUCACACGACAGCUCUUGAAAAAAUAAAAGUGGAAACAAUGGGCAAAGUCCCAAACCUUCUCUCCAAGCUGGCAAACAGCUUAUUCCCCUCCAUAUGCGGGCACGAGAACAUAAAAACAGCGAUACUUUUGAUGCUUGUUGGGGGCACCUCCAAAAAGACAGAAGAAGGAAUUCCUCUGCGAGGAGAUAUAAACAUCCUCCUAGUGGGAGAUCCCGGGACAUCAAAGUCGCAGUUCCUAAAGCAGACAAGCACGCUUGUUGACAGGGGAGUGUACACAUCAGGAAAAGGAUCGAGUGCUGCAGGUCUCACCGCCAGUGUAAUACGCGAUGACACGGGAGAGUUUAGCAUAGAGGCAGGCGCGCUUAUGCUGAGCGACAGUGGAGUGUGCUGCAUUGACGAGUUUGACAAGAUGGAUGAAAGAGACAGAGUGGCCAUUCACGAGGCAAUGGAGCAGCAGAGCAUCAGCAUAUCCAAGGGGGGUAUACAUGCUACACUCAGCGCAAGGACAAGCAUUCUUGCAGCAGCCAAUCCUGUGAAGGGAAGGUACGACUUGCGCAAGACACUGCGGCAGAAUGUGCGCUUAAGUCCUCCGAUUAUGUCGAGAUUUGAUCUUUUUUUUAUUCUGGUGGACACGAUAAGCAUAGAGCACGAUCAGAUCAUAUCCAGCCAUAUUUUGAAGGGGCACAUGGCGCACGGGAGCGGAACAGAGGCACAGGAGGCUGCGUUCACAGUGGAGGAUGUUAAGCUCUUUAUUCGCGUUGUGAAAAACAGAGCACCCGUGAUAUCACAGGAGGCAAGGGAUAAAAUGGUUGAAAAGUAUUUGGAGAUACGGAAGAACAAUUCUGUGCACGCAUUCACAGCCACUCCCAGGCAGCUGGAGAGCAUAAUACGGCUGAGCGAAGCAGUGGCUAAGGUGUUUGGCAUGGAAGAGGUAAAUGUGUCGUGUGUUGAGCACGCGUACAUGCUUCUCUCAGGGUCUAUUAUGAAUGUUCUAACAGAUGACGUAAAACUAUCUGUUUCUGAUGUGGUGGGUGAUAAGGUAGUGAGCAUUACGUACGAUGAGUACAUAAAAAUGACAUCAUCGCUUGUGAAGAUAGUUCAGAUGCACGCAGGGAAUAGCGGCAUCAUCAAAAGCGAGCUUGUUAAUGAGUACAUUCGAGAAAACGAAGAGGAAAUAACAACAGAAGAAGAGUACGUGGAGAUGCAGGACAAAGUCUCUGGGCUGAUAGACCAGCUGAUAUACAAGGAGGGAAUAUUCUACGAACAGGGAGAAGACCUGCACAUUCUCCUGCACCCCAACUACAACCUGUUCUGA